AUGAAGUUAGAUGAAGUCAAUGUAACGGAACUCAGCCCUAGUAAACUAUUAGAGUACUCAAAAAAAUGUGUUAUUAUGCUGAAACAAAAAGAUAAAGAAAUAUUAUUGUUACAAGUUGAUCGGAAUCAAGCAAAUAUAGCCAUGAAAGUCGUCCAAAAAUCUGUAAAUAAACUUCAGUUUGAGAUAACUAAAAUGGAAAAAAAAGCAAUUGAUGAUGCAAUCCUAAUACAGGGCCUUGAAAAGCAGUUACGUAUGCAACGCGAAGAGUUUAUAUAUCAAAACACCUAUAACAUGGAUGUCAAACGUUUAGAAUGUGAACUAGCCACUAAAGCAACAGAUUUAAAAUGGGAAAAUCAUAACAAUGAUUUGUUUCUAUUGAAUCAUUCGCUUCGAGAUGAUUUAAAAAAACAAAGUGCACAACAUACAAACGAAAAAAUAAAUAUAGCAGUUCAAAGUAUUAAACGUUUAAAUGACAGGGUCAAUGUAAUAAAAUGUAGCGCAGCCCGUUAUUUAGCAGAAAUAGAUGAAGAACAAAAAUAUGCGAUUCGAUUUGUCGAAAAAAAACAUAUAUUAGAGUUACGAACGGUUAGAUCCUUAAAUAAUGAUAAUACGAGGAUGUUGAUGGAUACGUACAACAAAGAAAUCGAAGAGUUAAAAGACGAUUUUGAAGAAAAGUUAGAUCAAUAUUUAAAAUUGUCUGAAUCGUUGCAACACAAACUAGAAUCCAUUGCCGAAGAUAAUCAGUUUUUACACAGUCGUAAGUCAAUCAUUGAAAAAAAAACAAAAAUGCUUAAUGAAUCUUCUCAAGUACUCAUAAAAAGAAAUGAAUAUUUAGAAAAGGAAAACAAAAGUUACAACAAUUGUAAAAGACAAUUAAAAAGCUUUAACAAAGAAUUGCAAAAUAUAAAGGCUCGUUUAAAACAGGUAUGUUACGAAAAAGAUUUAUUAGAAGAAGAAAAUCGUAAGAUGAAAUUAGGCCUUGAAAAAUACGACGAAUACCAUGAUAAAAUAACGAAAGACAUGGAAAGGAGAUUCAGCAAGCAAAUAAUGUUGUUGUUAAAACAUGAGACAAAUAUAUAUAAUAAGCCCAGUCUCGAAUAA